AGCGCAUCUGAAAGUUGAAAGUUUUUCUUGUUUAGAUUGAGAGGCAGCUAGGGUUUUUAACAGAGAAGAAAAGGAAAAUGGAGAGGGAGGAUGAGUACUCAUAUUCGUAUUAUAGGAGGAGAGAGCGCAUUGCGUUGGUGGCCAUUGUAGUGCUGGCUUCAGUGGCUGUUGCUUCGCUUUUAGUGGCUUUUAGUUACUAUUGUUAUAUUCGAAACAAGGUCCUCUCUAAGCGAUCCAAAUCCCAUAUUACCACGGUUGAUUGUAAGGACAAAGCUAGCUCUGCCGAUCUUGAAGUCGCUAUGGACAAAGGGCUUCACGUCUUUACUUUUAAGCAGUUGCAUUCAGCAACUGGUGGUUUCAGCAAGUCUAAUGUGGUUGGCCAUGGUGGAUUCGGGUCGGUAUACAGGGGGGUGCUUAGUAAUGGCAGGAAAGUUGCCAUUAAGUUAAUGGAUCAAGCAGGAAAACAAGGAGAAGAGGAAUUUAAAAUGGAGGUGGAACUGCUAAGUCGGCUGCGCUCUCCAUAUUUGCUGGCUUUGAUUGGUUAUUGCUCCGAUAGCAGUCACAAAUUGCUUGUUUAUGAGUUUAUGGCAAAUGGUGGUCUGCAGGAACAUUUGUAUCCAAUUAGUGGUUCCAACAAUGUAACCUUAAAAUUGGACUGGGAAACUCGGUUGAGAAUAGCUCUGGAAGCUGCUAAGGGAUUGGAAUAUCUCCAUGAACAUGUUAGCCCUCCAGUGAUUCAUAGAGAUUUUAAGAGCAGUAACAUCCUUUUGGACAAAAACUUUCACGCCAAAGUUUCUGAUUUUGGAUUGGCCAAGCUUGGAUCUGACAAAGCUGGCGGACAUGUUUCAACUCGAGUAUUGGGCACCCAGGGAUAUGUUGCUCCUGAAUAUGCCUUAACGGGGCAUCUAACUACAAAAUCAGAUGUGUAUAGUUAUGGUGUUGUUCUUUUGGAGUUGCUUACAGGCAGAGUACCAGUUGAUGCGAAGAGACCUCCUGGGGAAGGUGUUCUUGUAUCAUGGGCUUUGCCUCGGUUAACAGAUAGGGAAAAGGUUGUACAGAUUAUGGAUCCAGCACUGGAAGGUCAAUACUCAAUGAAACAAGUUAUUCAGGUUGCUGCUAUUGCUGCUAUGUGUGUGCAACCAGAGGCUGACUAUAGGCCAUUGAUGGCAGAUGUUGUGCAGUCACUGGUUCCAUUGGUGAAAACUCACAGAUCAACUGCCAAGGUUGGUAGCUGCCCGAGCAUCCAUAGCGCCAAGUGUCCCACAUCCCAGGAUCCCAGCGAGGCAGGUUUAUAAGAAUAUCAAAAAGCAAGUGCAAUUGUCUUUAGCUGAAGAUAGAUGCCACGCUGCUAUUGAGCGUUGUAGCAUUACGGACAACUGCUUAGAGAUGAAACUAGACUGCUGUAAUAUUGUUGCCUCUAUUUGGUAGAAAGCCCCUGUGACGUCUAUAGCGUAUGUAAGUUAUUCGAUCUUAUAAACAAAUUGAAGAGGUAACAAAACUGUGCUAAGGUUAGUUGCUCUACUGAUUGCCUAAAAUGGUUAAAUACCAGUAUUGCAUC